AUGUCCCAGGUCAAAAUCGAACUGCAAGCACCCCCAAAUGCCGACUACGUCGUCGGCUAUCCCGGAAUACCAGCCGGCACCCAAGACCGACCCCAGUCAGCCGUAAAAGGCACCGUCGAAAUCCGCUCAGGUCCGCAAGGCGUCAAGGCCAAAUGGGUCCGUAUAGAGCUCAAGAAGAUCGAGAGUCUCCCCGGCGGUGGCCAAGCCAAUUCCUAUUUCGACUUUGUCGGCUCGAGCCCUAUCAACCUGUGGCAGUCAAACGAGGAGUACAGCAUUCUCAACAGCCAAUUGUUCCAGUUCUACAUCCGCGUACCAGAGUCAAUACCCCCUAGUAUAUCGUUGGAACGGAAUGCUGGCAUCCGAUACGAGUUGGUUGCUACUGUCUGCACACUGGGGAAGAAGGGAUGGUUCCUACGCCGAAGAAAGACAAACGUCUCAUCCGCAGCAACGACCAUCAACAUCGACAAGCACGAGCUACACUCCACCUGGCCCGUCUACGCCCAGCCCGAGACCCGCCAGAUAGCGCAGGAGGGGCUGCAGCUCAUCGUCGAGCGCUCACGCACAUGUUUCGGGCCCGGCGACCGCGUCCAGGUCGCCGCAACGCUCAAGUCGGAGAGUAUGCACACCCUCGUCCUGCGUGGGUUCGAGUUCAUCCUCCGGGAAACCGUCUCCUUCCGCGCGGGGCCCUACGCCAAGCGCAACGGCCCUCAGGUCCAGACCAACCACAUUGACGAGCAGAAGGUGCCCCUCAACACUACCCUAUACCCCGGCAGCCAGCACAAGGCGGAGCUCGUGUGCCACGUUCCGGAGGUACACACGAACUGCACGGUCAACGCGGCGAGGCACAUUGAUAUCACGUACAUGAUCGUGGUGAAGGCGACGUUCACGAGCGGGCGGGAUAUCUCAAUGGAGCUUCCGAUAAUGGUAACGAACUGGCCGAGAAAUGUGUCGGAGGAGGCGAUGAGGCGUAUCGGCAGUGCACCCAGUCUAUGCGUGCAGCCCCCCGGGAGCACCACGCCCUCUCAGGGCACGCCUCAAGCCAACGCGCGCCCAGGUACCGGUCACUCGCAUGGCUCGUCUGUGGAUCAUGCCAUCCGACGCCCGGGAGGACCUGGCCAAUUCAACACGACCCCAAACGUCCGUCAGAGCGCAUACGAAACCGACGAGCUUGGCGAGCUCAACUAUCCGGCGCGCAAGCAGGCUGCCACCUACAACGGCACUUCCCAGGCAUAUUCGCCCUCGGACCGCAGACCCGGUACCGCCGAGUCGGCUCGUUCGCGCAGGAAUCAGAGCUUGACUGCGUCGAUCAACAACAACAGUCGCACCGUCACCAAUGCAAGCGAACAGGACGAAGACCUGCGCAGGCCUGGAACAGGACAAACUGUGCCGCCUGGUCCUACGCGUAGCCCGCCUGUUAACGGGCAAUGGGUAAGCGCCGAGGACGAGAAGAGGCAGCAGGAGUUGUACAUGGAGGCCAUGGAGCGCGUGAAGAGGGUCCAGGGCGGCAGUGGAGGAGGUGGUGAUAGCAGCGCUGGUCAUGGAAGUGGUGGUCUUAGCACUGGUGGGCGGAGCCCCUCGGGGAGCUCGAACUGGCCGUCGGCAGAGCAGGAGAAGGUCCGGAUGUACGAGAAGGCGCAGGCGCUCGCGAAGCAGACUCAGGCGAGCGGUGGGCACUCCCCACCUCCCGGUACCCGUCCCGGGAUGAACGGGAUGGGCAGCGGGGGAUCAGCAUUCGGCGCCUCCUCGGCGGGUGCCGCUCUGUACCAGCAGGCCGUCUCAUCUAUGGGUAACCGUGGCGGAUCCAGUGGGUCCAGAGGCGACUCACCGCAGCGGCAAAACUCGCCCAGCCGCGGUGCAGGUCCCGUGCCACACUAUCUCACCGCCGCGGAGGAGAAGGCCGCACUGGAGCGGUACAACCAGGCGAAGAUCGCUGUAGAUCGUAGCCAGCACACCAACUACGCGUCCACCGAAGGGAUUGCGUCUCCCCCAAUUGCUGGUGGACCCAGUAGCGGAUCCCCGCAGCCUCAGCUUGGACGUAGCGGUUCCGCGGUCCCGCAUUUCGUCACUGCUGCCGAAGAGAAGGCCGCGCUGGAGCGAUACAACCAGGCGAAGCUCGCGGUGGACCGGAACCAGAACGCCGGCUACACGUCCAACGAGGCUAUUUCGUCUGGCCCGAUCUCGUACGACGCAUUGUACCCAUCCAGCGGGUCGGCGUCUGGCGCUGGGCAAGAACAAGGGCCGAAUGAUCCUCCGCCGUUCGAUGGACCAUCACAGCCGCAGUACAUGAACGAGAAGGAGAGGCUCCGGAUGGCAUACGAGCAGCAAGAUGCUGCUGCCGUUGCUCAGCAGCAACAGUCGUCUUCGGCGCCUAUGUAUACCCCGCCCGCGCCUGGGCCUGCUGAACCGCAACCCGUGCCGGCGAACGUUGCGCUGGCCGAGAAGGAGUUGUUGAGGAGGAGGUAUGAGGAGCAGGACGCGGCUGCGGCUGCUGCGGCUCAGCAACAGCAGCUACCUCGCGGGCCGCCGCCCCAGCCUCCACCGCCGCGGAGCCGAUCGCAACCCAUACCGCCUGGCCAGGGUCCGUCACCAGGAGGUGCCCCUUCGCGGCCGCUGACAGCAGCAGAGGAGAAAGCAUUGCUCCGCGCGCGGUACGAGGCUGAAGAGCGGGGUAGCGCGCCAUCGGCGUCCAACGGCGCAGGCGUGGAAAUGGGUAUGGGCAUGGGCAUGAUGUCGCCCCCUCUCGGCCCUCCCCCGCCCGCGCAGGAGACGGCUUACGGCUUCACGCAUCCAUUCGCGGUGUCCCAGCAGGACCAGCAGGGUCUGCCGGCGCCUCCGCCGCUCGCACCGCGUCCGCCUGCGUCGUAUAUCCAGGCGACGCGCGAAGAGGACGAGCGCGUGCGGUCGUACUAUGAUGGCGAGGGCGCGCAUCCGUAUAGCGCUGCGAAUGCGGCUCCGCCUGGUGGCCGGGCGAAUGGGAACGGAAAUGCUGGGGGGUUGCUGGAUAUGAGGCCGUUUUCGCCGUUUUCUAUGGGUCUGAACGGGGACGACAAGGGGCGGCCGGCGUAAGGCUGUCGUCUCUUGACGUCCUCUGAUUUAUCUUUUAACCUGUUCUAUCUCGCCGCCUGGUUGAUGAGCUCGAUGCUUGCUUACUUUUAUCUUUUUUGCUCCCAUUUGUCUGGCACAUUCACAUCCACUAUGCUACUUCUAAUCCGUUGUGAAGUACACUAUACUCCGUUUUAUAUCACCAUUACCCCCCUGCGCUCGUUGUUCAUACUGAUCUGCACAUCGGUAACUUAUUACUCUCUUGUUUGUUCUGUCUUGUUUUUCUGCCUUGCUGGUAUAUUCGAGCUGCUUCCUACCAUAUACAUUCCUUUGGUCUUUUCUUCAUUUAGCUCUAUCUGCUUCAUAGUCUCAAUCUAUGGUUUUUGCUUAUCGCUAUCACGGUGCGCCGACAUGGGAACUUGUGCGCAAGUUUGGACGGAGAUUGUCAAUAAUAGGCAGGAGUCGGAAGUUCAGAAGGCCGCGUCAAAACCUUGUCUUGAUUAACUCUCUAGAUUGUUCUG